AAUACAGACUGUUCACUUGGGUUGUAUUAUGUUUCCGUGAAGAAGUAUAAGCCCGCGAAGACUCUGAUCCGACAAUAUUGGAUUUUAACUAUUAGGCCAUCGAAGGCUUCGUUUUUGAAUUAUGAUCUAUAUCGUUGUUUCAGACACGCUAUUCUCAGUAUCCUGGGGCAACCUGCACGUGUCCACCUAUAUCCGAAAGAUCAAGGAAUAAAACCGUCAAAUACGUUCGAGGUACGUUUAUUUCUUCUGCAGUCAAGCCGUGGAUGCCGUUAAAUUUAUAAAGGUUACUGUAAAUCUACAAAGACGUGUAUUGAAAGGAUAUCAACCGUUUGCAAUUUCUUGACUAUCGAUUGAGUCUACUGAUUGGUGAUGUCAUAAAGCGUGUAACUUCCAGAUACUGUUUUCGUAAGGUAUUAUUUGUUCACCAAAUAGACAAAUCCGCAAACAUCUAACUUCACCGCGAGUUUGUAAUCAGUGAGGGCGCUAUGGACCAGUGUUUCAAAAAAUGCAGGGACAAAUUUUCUGAAAAACAGGAAUAUUUGAUUGACAAUGGUAUACCCUUCUGUGAGGCAAUGUGGGAUAGUACGUUUUGUUGGCCGACAACUUUGGCAAAUGAAAGAACAGACAUGAAAUGUCCGGAUAAUUUCAUCGUUUUAGACCCAGAAAAAACAACGUUUAGAGACUGCGGUAUUAAUGGAACGUGGGUUCCAAGGAUAUAUAUAGAAGACUGUUUGGAUGCAAACUGGAAGGAAUCCAUGCAGGCAGAAGAUGAUGCACCUGUCGCAACAAAAGAGCAGCAAAAAGUAAUUGGCGUGUAG